CCCCCCCCUCAAAGAGAUUUGCAUCUCCCCCCACCAUCUCUUUUCAUGUUUUGCCGGAGGAAGGGGGCCCAAAGGGCGCCUGGAAAAGGAAAAGGAAGAGGAAAAGGAAGGGGACCAGGUACUGGAGGCAAGUGAAGACCCCUCUGCAUCCUCCUCCCAAGAAGAGAAGAGCAGGAAGACCCCCCAGGUUUCAUGUCCCUCGCCAUGUCGCGUCUGUCGCGUCUGAAGGCGUCAGCCUUGCUUUUGGCUCUCUUCCUCCCCGCGCCCUUGGCGACCGUGGACGAGCACCUGGGCUACCCCGGGACCGGGGCCGCGUCUGCGGAUGGCAACAACCGUAGUGCCAAGUGUGAGGAGGCCACCGAGUGCAAAGAAGGCGUCAUCCUGCCCGUGUGGCUUCCCCAGAACCCUUCCGUGGGCGAUAAAGUGGCGAGGGCUAUUGUCUACUUCGUGGCGUUGAUCUAUAUGUUCCUGGGCAUGUCCAUCAUCGCGGACCGCUUCAUGUCCUCGAUCGAAGUCAUCACCUCGCAGGAAAAGGAGAUCACCAUCAAGAAGCCCAACGGCGAGACCACCACCACCACCAUCCGCAUCUGGAACGAGACCGUCUCCAACCUGACACUGAUGGCGUUGGGUUCCUCCGCUCCUGAGAUCCUUCUCUCCAUCAUUGAGAUCGUGGGACACAACUUCAACGCCGGAGACAUGGGGCCCAGCACCAUUGUCGGAAGUGCCGCCUUCAACAUGUUCAUCAUUAUCGCAGUCUGCAUCCACGUGGUCCCUGAAGGCGAGGUGCGGCGCAUCAAACACCUGCGGGUCUUCUUUGUCACUGCGGCGUGGAGCAUCUUCGCCUACAUCUGGCUGUACCUCAUUUUGGCCUGGUUCUCUCCUGGAGUGGUCGAGUUGUGGGAAGGGCUUCUUACGUUCCUCUUCUUUCCGAUCUGUGUCCUUCAGGCUUGGGUCGCCGAUCGGAGGUUGCUCUUCUACAAGUACGUUCAGAAGAAGUACCGCGCUGACAAAGCCCGGGGUCUUAUCAUCGAGACCGAAGGCGAUACCGGUUACCCAAAACUGGACAUGGAGAUGGACAACUCACUAAAGGAGGGGUCUGAAGGCCUCGUGGAUGGGGAGAAGGACCAAGAUGACGAAGCCCGACGAGACAUGGCCCGCACUUUGAGGGACCUCAAACAGAAGCACCCAGAAAAGGACAUGGAGCAGUUGAUUGAGAUGGCCAACUAUCAUGUGCUGGUCCAGCAACAGAAAAGCCGAGCCUUCUACCGCAUCCAGGCCACACGCAUGAUGAUCGGGGCAGGGAAUAUCCUCAAGAAACACGCCGCCGACCAAGCCCGCAAAGCAGUAAGCAUGCAAGAGGUGCGCGUGGAAGAAGAUGAGUCCGUGACCAAAGUCGGCUUUGAGCCAUCGCAUUACCAGUGCUUUGAGAACUGUGGCUCUGUGGUGCUAACCGUGGCCCGCCGUGGAGGGGACCCCGGCCGUGUCACGCUGCGAGUGGACUUCCGCACAGAGGACGGGACGGCCAACGCUGGCUCGGACUACGAGUUUGCCGAGGGCACUUUGCUCUUCAAGCCGGGGGAGACGCACAAGGAAGUGCGCGUCGGAAUCAUCGACGACGACAUUUUCGAGGAGGACGAGUACUUCUACGUCCACCUCAGCAAUGUGAGGGCUGCUUGGUCCGAGCCGGGGCCUGAGCCUCCCCCCAAAGCUUGCCUCGGCCCUUCCAAAAUGGCAACCGUCACCAUCUUUGAUGACGACCACGCCGGCAUCUUCACCUUUGAGGGAGCCUCCAUGCGGGUGAGCGAGAGCGUGGGUGCCGUGCGCAUCAAAGUGCUGAGGACCUCAGGGGCCCGCGGGCGAGUGGCCAUCCCCUUCCACACUAUUGAAGGCACAGCAAAGGCUGGAGAGGAUUACGAGGAGGUGGCCGGCAAAGUGGAGUUUCAGAACGACGAGACCAUGAAAUACAUUGAAAUAAAAAUUAUUGAUGACGAGGAGUAUGAGAAGAACAAGAAUUUCCACCUGGAGCUGGGACCACCGGAGAUGCUGGACACGGGCCCACGGCACGGGGACUCCAACGAGAACCGACUGCCCGAAGGAGGAGAAGCGAUUGCCAAGAUGGGCUGCCCCACUCUGGGAGAGUACACCAAACUUGAAGUUAUUAUCGAGGAGUCCUACGAGUUCAAGAGCACUGUGGACAAAUUGAUCAAGAAAACCAACUUGGCGCUUGUCGUUGGCAGCAGCAGUUGGAGGGAGCAGUUUGUGAGCGCCGUCACCGUCAGCGCUGGUGAUGAUGAAGAUGACGACUCUGGCGAGGAGCGCCUCCCUUCCUGCUUCGAUUACAUCAUGCACUUCCUGACCGUCUUCUGGAAGGUCCUCUUUGCCUUCGUGCCGCCCACCGAGUACUGGUGUGGCUGGGCCUGCUUCUUCGUCUCCAUCUGUCUCAUCGGGGUGCUCACGGCCCUCACCGGGGACCUGGCUGCCCACUUCGGCUGCACCAUCGGCCUCAAGGACUCUGUCACGGCUGUGGUUUUCGUGGCGCUGGGCACCUCCGUGCCUGAUACCUUUGCCAGCAAAGUGGCUGCCAUCCAAGACCAGCAUGCGGACGCUUCCAUCGGCAACGUGACAGGCAGCAACGCCGUCAACGUCUUCCUGGGCAUCGGGGUGGCUUGGAGCAUUGCCGCCGGCUACUGGGCCAGCCAGGGCAAGCCGUUUGUCGUGCAUCCGGGCACGCUGGCCUUCUCGGUCACCCUCUUUACCAUCUUUGCCUUCGUCAGCAUCGCCGUGCUCAUGUACCGGCGCCGCCAGCCGGUCGGCGGAGAACUGGGCGGGCCUCGAACCCACAAGAUCCUCGCCACCCUCCUCUUUGUGAGCCUCUGGCUGAUCUACAUCCUCCUGGCAGCCUUGGAAGCCUACUGCCACAUCACGGGCUUCUAGGCUGCGGGUCUCGUGGGCUUCGAGGCUAGGCCUUGAGAGACCGAUCCUUGGAUGACUUGGAAGGAGAUACCCUUCACCCCGACCCCAUGGCUCCGUUCAACACGGGGACAUUGUCUCUCCUGUUGCUUCGAGGGGAAGACUUUGCCCAACACUGACCUGUGGUUGGUGACAGCGGUGACCAAAAAUGGGCUUAUCCUGCAAGGCCCUGGGUCAAACUCCGACUCUUCUUCUACGAUGGACCACGGAGAGGGUCUUCCUCCUCCAUUUGGAGACCUGGAGCUGCUUCCGUCUCCUAGUUUCUUGCCUCCUCUGGCAAAUUGCCUCUUGGGAGAACAUCGGGUUUGGGGAACGUAACAUCUUGAGAACUUGUGUUUGAGGAACACUAGUAUCUUCGAGACCAUUGUGUUUGAGGAACACUAGUGUCUUCUAGACCAUUGUGUUUGAGGAACACUAGUGUCUUCGAGACCAUUGUGUUUGAAGAACACUAGUGUCUUCGAGACCAUUGUGUUUGAGGAACACUAGUGUCUUCUCUACCAUUGUGUUUGAGGAACACUAAUGUCUUCGAGACCAUUGUGUUUGAAGAACAUUAGUGUCUUCGAGACCAUUGUGUUUGGGGACCACUAGUGUCUUAGAGAUGCAUCUUCUGCCAUUCUAGUUCUGUAUGGGGACGGUUGCAAGAGAUUCAAACAAUGGUAAGGUAGGCCAUGGGUUAUUUCUCCUCUGCUGUUCUGAGUGAACAAGAAAGUCUCCAACGGUGGGAAGAAAGAAAAUGACACCAAUCCCUUCCGUAGCCAGCUCUUGCCACCUUUACAAAUGUAGGAUGGGUUCGAUCAUGCCAGGUCCAUACAAGCACCCAGUCCCAGCUCGUUGUCCUCUGAUCCAAGCUGAGGGCACUUUAGACCCUGAAGGUUGGACGUCUGAACCAUGUCCGUUGUUGACUCAAUCUUUGGGUGCAUUGAGGUGAGACUGGCGCUAUCUGUUCUCCUCCCGGCCAAAUACGAGGGGUGUUCGUUGAAGAUCUCCCCUGAUCCACUUCUGUUUAUCACAGGACGCUGAAACUGCACAUGUGUGAUGAUAGAAGUCUCCAUAGGUCACGUGUCAAUUGACAACUCAGAAUUGUUGACAGUCUUGAUCAUACUGAAGUGGUGUGAGGUUUGAGAAUGGACCCAGUGGAAGACUUGAAAGGCCGCACACCAAAGGAGACGUUGGAUGACAUGGAAGAGGUUGAUGGUGAGGAUUCCCCAUCAUAUGAUGGAGUCCAUCAUAUUCCAAUGUGGUUGGACUUGGAUGCAAACACCUCCGAUUCCAGGGCAACCCCACUCUGCUAUUGAUGAACACACCAUCCAGCAAGUGGAGGUCGCCAUUUGGAAAAUUGUCGUAUAACCCUUUGCCGCUUAGCCCAAAAUGUCAAGAUGAGUGUGGGGUCCAUGGGGGAAAAAAUCAUCCAAGAGCAUCUUCACAUGCAUAAGGUGUCCACUUGCUGGGUCCUCCAUCUGCUCACACCUUUCCAGAAGCAGAAACGAGUCGCAUGCUCAGAGGCUCUCUCGACAAUGAUGUGCCAUGGAAACCAGGAAGACUCUUUCAACAGACUGAUCACACAGGAGGAAAGUUGGGUCCAUCUUACUUAGGUGAUCCCUCGUUGACCGAGUAGGAUAGUCUUCCAGGAUCAGUAUUCUGGUGAGUCUGUAGGUGACUGUGAAGCCCUAUUCUUGACCUGCAUCUUCUCCCACAGUGAGGACAUUGGUUUCCAGGUGGAAGGCGGUCUCAGUCGGGGUUGGCUUGACGCACCUUCCUCUUGGCAUGUUCUCUCUUUCGCCCUCCAUUCGUGCCUCUUCAAAUUCUGCAGCACUGCUGGUCACAGCUGACCUCCAGCUGGAGCGCUCAAGGGCCAGGGUUUCCCAGUUCUCAGUGUCUAUGCCAGAGUCUUUAAGGUUGGCUUUGAGCCCAUCUUUAAAUCUCUUUUCCUGCCCACCAACAUUCCGUUUUCCGUUCUUGAGUUCGGAGUAGAACUACUGCUUUGGGAGACGGUGGUCAGGCAUCCAGACAACGAGGUUGAUGGUGGAGGACCAUCUCUUCAAUACUGGUGGUCUUUGCUUCUUCCAGGACGCUGACAUUUGUCCGUUUGUCUUCCCAAGAGAUUUGCAGGAUUUUCCAGAGGCAGCACUGAUGGAAUCGUUCCAGGAGUUGCCUGUAACAUCUGUAGACUGUCCACGUCUCACAUGCAUAUAGCAGGGUUGGGAGGACAAUAGUUUUAUAAACAAGCAUCUUGGUAUCCCAAUAGAUGUCCCGGUUCUCAAACACUCUCUGCUUCAUUUGGAAAAAUGCUGCACUCGCAGAGCUCAGGCGGUGUUGUAUUUCAGUGUCAGUGUUGACAUCUGUAGACAGUCCACGUCUCGCAGGAGUAUAGCAGGGUUGGGAGGACAAUAGCUUUAUAAACAAGCACAUUGGUAUCCCUACGGAUGUCCUCAAACACUCUCUGCUUCAUUUGGAAAAAUGCUGCACUUGCAGAGUUCAGGCGGUGUUGUAUUUCAGUGUCAAUGUUGACAUCUGUAGACAGUCCACGUUUCGCAGGCAUAUAGCAGGGUUGGGAGGACAAUAGCUUUAUAAACAAGCACAUUGGUAUCCCUAUGGAUGUCCUCAAACACUCUCUGCUUCAUUUGGAAAAAUGCUG